AUGCUUGAGAAUCGCGAAAAAGAUGUUAAUAAAGUGCUAUCUGUACUGGAUUCACCCUCCACAACACCCACAACAUCGCCACCUCGUGAUGCUUUCAUAAUGUCACAACCGCUAUCAUCAUCAUCAUUUGACAGUUAUAGUUAUAAAACAGACUCUGCUACAGUUGAUGUUCCCACAACACCACCACCAAACCGGAAUGCUAAACGUCCUCGACCCUCAUUGCGAAAGAAGUUGGAUGAGUUGUAUCAGAACGGUCAGACCCCAGAAGCAUUAAAACAGUCUCCCGAUAAAAUGAAAAUGUCUGAUACGAUUGAGAGCUGGCCUUAG